AUGGGAGGCAGUUCGAGCAAGAAAAAGAAAUCAAAAGCGAAUAAUGAGGAAAUGGAGCAACCACCAGCUUCGGCUAAAAACCAUCAAGCAGCUCCUGGGACUCCGCAAUUGACCGUCAAUGAAAGAAGCGUUGAUGACCAAACUUACGAACAGCAAGUGCAGAAAGAUUUCUAUAAGAAAUCACCGAAAUUCAAGAAAGAUUUUGCGAAGAAAGGCCAAGCCAGGAAAACACCAGCUUAUCCUACUGCAGAAGGUCUUUCAGUCGAUAAUGACGCUUCCUGGGCAAACGAUGGAAGUGACAAUUCUGACGACGAAAAGACGAACUCCUCGGCUAGGACAUCAGGAUUCCUAUCGCCGCCUUCAGAACUGAAAAUUUCAAAUCAGAAAAUUUCAAACUCGGAAAAGAAUCUUCUUGGAAAGGCGGAAAUUCCUCAGGUAUUGCGAGGUUUGACGGGCUAUGGGCCGAUGUUACAUACAUCAGAAGCUUACGGACUGGAUCAAAGUCGACCGAGUAGAAGUCGUGAUCCGCACUGGGCAACCCUCAAGUCGCAAUUUUCGAACUCGGAGUCCGAAAUCAAAACUAAAAAGACCCAAGUGACGACAACGCGCAGAAGAGCUCACUCGCUAAAUGGCUCUGAAAACAGCGACGACCUGAAUGAAAUCCGAAAUAGCCGAUCUGGAGUUUCAUUUUCCAACGACCGGGAUCCUUUACCAGAGGCCUGGCCGGAGGUAGCCACGAGCCGAGAAGUAGUCACCGAAAACUCACUUGCGCAGGGUGAGGAUGGAAUCCCUCUUCUUGCUGAAGCCGAGUAUCGACGAGUCAAUGACUCUAGAAACCAGCGAUUGAUUCUCAGCUCGACAUGCAUCUCGCCGACCGCGAAUGGUCAAGUGCAGGGCAAGCUGAAGGGCUGCAUCGAUUACAAUGACAUCAUUGCUAUCAGAAUCGGUUCGACAGCCAUUUGCGAGCGUCCAGUCCUCCAGCUGUACUUGCAAGAACCUUCUCCGUGCUCACCACAGCUCUAUCAUACAAAGACGGAUGAGGGAGUCUGCAGAUCGUAUCGACAACACUACGAGUUCAAAAGCUAUAUUUUCAUGUUCUCGCAUACCCCCGAAAGGGACCACUGCAAGAAUACGAUACGAUGGCGCUGCCACUUGCGUCGCACCUUUCGCCUCAUGAUGGAUCCCGAGUGCAGUCCCGACAACUUUGAAAUCUACCUCAAACGCAUUAUUAACUCCCACAAAAAUUACAAUAUUCGCCCAGUCUCAGCGAACGACAGCAUUCAAGAAAUCCUCAGCAAAGUCUUACGGCGCGCGUCGGCUGAAGUAAUCCAAAAGCUCUGCUCGUCCUCGUCCCUCAUCAAAAGUCUGGAAGACGUACUCGCUUAUCACAUGUCGCCGGAGCUCUGUCACCUGCUCGAGUUGCACUGCGCCUCGACGUCAAAAACGCGCGGCAGCGAGCGCGUCAUCCUCAACGCUGUGUACAAAGGCUUGCAUCAUUACAACUUGCACCAAAUCGGUGCCAAAUGGGAUGAAGAACUCACCCAGAAAAGCGAUCAAAUUCGAGCAGCUGUGAUCCGCCUCUGUCUUGUUUACCUCAAUUUGGUUACUGCGGGAAAGUCGAGUCUUGUUUCAAAGCAAGAUUUGACGAUCAAAACUCCCUCGCCCGCGAAACCGUCUGGUUCAGAAUCUCCUGUAAAGAUGAACCACUCGAUGAACAUUCGCGAAUUCAUCUCCUCUGUACAUGGAGGAACCGCUUGUCCUCAUUUAAUGACACCGAACAAUCUCUUCAUUAUCGCUCGGGUUGCCAUCAGCCAGUGUUUCAACAGCUCGAACGAACAAACCACCACCACAUGCUUAGUCUGCCCUUCUCACUGCCACUUUUCUAAACGAAUGCACUGGGCCAAGCUCGGAAUGGACAUACUGUACUAUGCUACUGACUACGAUGACUGGAAGUGUCAAAUUAGCGAACUUGUAAUUAAAUUUCAAUAUUUAACGCCCGCUCCUGAGUCCUGCCGUUCUUUUGGAAAGAUGCUCCGUCGCCUCUUACUGAAAAUAAUUAGUUUUACCGUUUCUUCAAAUGAUAUCAGUACUUGGCUGCUCAAAGUUUUUACAAGCGUGACAGAAUCAACAGUUCCAAAGAAAAUCUUCAUGUCAACGCUGACAAAACCGACAGAAUCUUCGCCCCAAACGAUGUUCACAAACGAAGAUCGUCUAGAAUUAUGGAAAGCUGUGCUUAGCAAGAUAGAAUUCACGGAUAUUCAUAAGGAAGUCAUUGUGCUAAAGUCGAUUAGUAAAAGUUAUUUCUCGAAUCUGUUGGAGUUUUCGCAACGAUCGGAUGAACUGGUGCGACCUUCUGUCUAUCUGAUGCUUCGGAUCCUUGAGCACAAUAUUCUGCACAUAGAUGAGCAGCGAAAUGCAAUCAACAAAGUCAAACUUUCGGACUACGGCCGGAAAGAAUACGAGAAAAUCGUCUCGCGGAAUAUUUGGUAUCCAGCGCCGGGAAAACCCGGUGGUAGGACCCGUUUGAGUUUCCAGCGCGGAGCAACAAACGAAGACGUAGAACGCGAAAUAGCGAAAAACCGCGGAGGAGACGUCCUUGAAGUUGACCUUGCUGAGACGAAAAUCAACGACGAGAUUGCGAACUCGCUGUCUAAAAUGCCAAAGCUCAGGAAGAUUGAUCUUUCGCAAACGAGCAUAAGCGAUUCGACUCUGAAAGUUCUUUCGAGUGGAAAGUACAAAAGCCAAAUAACAGAAUUGUACCUGUCGGAAUGCGAAAACCUGUCGCCCGAUGGAAUGUCAUACCUCACAUCUCUUACUAGCUUAUCAAAAUUGAUUCUUACGGGGACAAAGUUAACUGCUGAAGUUUGCUUGAGCUUGAAGAAACUCCCCUCCAUGCGAGAAUUCGAUUAUCGCUACACCGCCGCUGAAUUCAUGCAGUAA